AAAAUUUCAGCUGACAGGCAUAGAAAGGAUUUGGAGGGGUGGGGUGGAUUGCAUCAAUCCAUUAGCUCGAGGAAAUGUGAUACGGUCUGUAUAGCGAAGACUGAUAUAGUGUGGGGAAAGUCCGGGAACAAGUAUUUAAAGAGGCACAAGCAUUUUUGGGCAUUAUCUAGCAACGAAGCAGUCACCGGAUCACCAGAAACAGCCAUGUCCUCCUCCUGGAGCUACAGUGCAGCUCUGCUGAUGCUCGUUACUCUGCACCUGCUCCUCUCCAGGACUGAGUCAGCAGCGAGCUGCUGUGUUGGGUACUCCUCCAAACGCCUGCCCUGCUACAAGCUGAAGCGCUACACCAUCCAGCCCAUAACAGGCACCUGUGACAUCGUGGCAGUCAUUUUCCAUACGAAAAAGGGCGGGUUCAUCUGUGCAAAUCCCUUGCAGCACUGGACCCUGAACAGAAUGAAGUGCCUUCAUGAAAGGGCGCAAGCCAGGAAAAUGCGCAUCUCCAGUCGAGGUUAAUGUUUUGCACGUUGUGAUGAGGAAGCUUCGGGAUUGAUGGCGCUGUCAGAACGACAGGGCAUUUAGACAAGGAGGCGGCAGCCGGCUGGGGAAGACAAAGCGACUGCUGUCCCUGGAGCUUUGGGGAGCACUCCCACGCGAUUAGGAAUACCUGAACGUUCACUUAACAGCCGGAACUGAGCGCUGCCUACCAGACUGCCUCAAUCCCCAAGGCGCUGCACGGGGGCGGCGCACCGGGACGCCAGACUGCACCUUGCUAGCACCACUCUUAGACCUGCCUGCACUAUAGGGACCAAACGGCUUCCUCCAGGGUCCUUCCUGUCCUGAAACCACAAAGGAUAAUAAAUCAAAGACUUCAUUCUCCCUCCAUAAGUUUUUGUUUUUAUAUUUAAGUAUGCAUGGCUUCCGUCUCACGCUUUGUUCGAAGCUUGUAUUAUUUUCCCCACAUGUGAUACCUUAGAUACUGACAGUUUUGUUUCUUUGGUUUGGAGAACGUCACCUCUGUGGCCCCCUGUAGCGGCACGCACUAUGUUGUAUUAGAAAUCGCACUAUGUGGUUAUAGAAAUCGCAGAGUGCAUGCUGUACUGCUGUUUAUAAAUCUCAUUUAACUCUCUUAUGUUCAUGAUGAAAGGUUCCAAGUCAUGUGUGUAUAUAUAUAUGUAUAUUUAUUUUUUUUUGGGGGGAGGGGAGGUACUGAAAGGUACCCAAUGUGAAAAUGUAAGGAAUAAGCAAAUUGUUCCGUAAACCAAUAACGUGCCUUCAUUGGCUGUGAAUAACAUGCCGUUAGACUUAAACACAUGGAUGUAAAUUAUGGCGGGGGGGAUGGGGGGGGGGGUUGUAGCGCCCCCAAUAAAUCAAAACCAGCUAAUACAACCCCCCCAAUAAUCAUGUUUCCCCCGUAAUGGGUGGAGACCUCCCAAUUUUCCAGACAAAGGUACGCUCUUGGCUGGACAUGUCUCAAUGCAUAAUAAAUAAAAUUUCAAGAACAUUAA